UCUUCUUCGUCUCUUCUCGUCUCGUUCUGCUCUCGCUCUUAAAGCUGCGGGCUGUCUCUGACGGAACGGAAGUCUUAGUAGGUUUUUCUUGAUAAAGAAGAUACUUUCUUUUCUGUCAAGCAAUGACCGAAUCUGAAGCUAUUUUACCGGACGGGUUCCCAACCGGAUUGCGGGUUUUCGUGGUCGACGAGGACUCCGUCGCUCUUAGGGUGCUUGAGAAAAUGCUUCUCCAGUGCGGCUAUGAAGGCUCUAUUUCUUCUCAGCAACAUUGUUUUGAAUGUUGAGCAAAAACAAUCGCAAGAUAGCUUUGACUCAUGUGCACAAAUCAAUACGGAUUCAGUUGAUGUUCAAAGUUAUAGUUUGGAAGAUCAUGGGGGAAGCAGUGCUUUGAAUUUGGAAAUCCUAUCUGAGUUUGACAAUCUGGAUGAGACAGAUGAACUUUAUGUAGCACUUAGCCAGUUUCAAUACUAAGAUCGUUGCAAGGGCUCCUGAAGGUACUUUUAUCUGGAUUCCUUUAGAGCUCUAAGCUUUGUAGAUUGUUGUUCUCUGCAUCUUUCUCCAGAUCAUGCUAUUAUGAUCAGAAUGCUGAAACUUAAUGGAGUCAUUUUCAAAAGUUAAAAGCUUGUGGAGUCAAUUCAUUGUUUGUUUCUUAGUUACCAAUUCAAUUCUGUAAUUUUCUCUUCUUUCAUUGCAUGUUAUUGUUGUUUAGAGGUUAUGCAAAAGAAUCUGAUGUAUAUAUCAAUGUUACUUUUUUGAUAAAUAAAUGAAAUCGCAUGGUUAGACA